AUGUUGUUCUUCUAUAGAAGUUGUAGUGAGGCUGUAGUAAUGACGAACUGGUUACAGGACAAAUACCCACUGGUUAAAGACACUAAGAUCAUGCUUGGAGUGGUGUGGCCAGACCGUCACGUCGCUUUUCCUGACUUUUUUGACCCAACCAAUGCCACACAGAACUGGUGGAUUCAAGAAUUUGCUACUUAUCAGCAGCAGGUGCCUUACGACGGUAUUUGGAUCGAUAUGAACGAGCCGGCUAAUUUUGGCACCAACGAAGCGAAUCCGUGGUAUUUUGGCAGUGAGGAUCAUCCAGACGAUGAGCCGCUCAUGUGUCCGAUGAACAGCACAGACGGUCAAUGGGAUAUGCCACCGUAUAAAACACAUGCCGUCUAUAACUAUGGGCAGGGAGCAUACCUGGCCUCAAAAACAUGUGCAUGUUGGGCGUACAAGCAGAUGGUAAGCAACGAUUCUACAAUCUCAAGAAUCUCUACGGCUGGAGUGAGGCGAGAGCGACGCAACAGGCGCAACAUGCAGCAACCGGAAAGAGAGGGGCUGUUAUUUCUCGGUCUACUUUCAUCUCAUCCGGCAGGUUUGCCGGCCACUGGCUGGGUGACAAUACCGCAGAAUGGCGAGACCUUCAAACGUCAGUCAUUGGAGCGCAGGAGUUUAACAUGUUUGGCAUACCGUAAGUACACCUUUCCACUACAAUGGCUAGUGGCUUUCUAUGAUGAAGUCACC